UGUCAGAAUUCUGUGCUCCUCCAAAUUUUUGCUGAAAAUCCGUGGAAAACGCCCGAAAAUCAGCACAAAAAUACCACACAAUGGCAACACAGAAGCCCGGGGAGUGGGCGAACUCGCUGCUGAUGCGCUUCGAGGAGCAGCUGCCCUAUCGCAUGAUAGCGACAAACACCAAUCAGAUGGCUCAGUCGCGGAUGACUCUGGACCAGACCAUGGCCUACCUGAUCCCCAUUUCGCGCUACCGCUUCUCGCUGGUCAUCUCGGGCCUCACGAAAAUGCUGCAGCGCGUGAAUGACACGUUCCAGAACCCACAGAAUCGCCAAGAGCACACGGAGAAGUACUGCUACGACUCCCUCAUCAUCAUCCUCACCACCAUGGAGAGAUGCCUCUCCAGCCAGACCAAAGACACUGCCCGCUACGACGAGGCGAUGAAUGUGAAGCUGCUGCUGCGCGAGAUUUGCCAGUUCAUCGAUGUGCAGAGUGAGAACAAUCCAAAUGCCACGUCACUCAAGGCGCUCGCCUCGAAAGUCCUCUUCGCCCUGUCGCAGAAUCACUUCAGUGCCGUCUUCAAUCGCAUCUCGGCGCGCCUGCAGGAGCUGAGCGCGUGUUCGGAGGAGAAUCCGGACUACAGUGACAUCGAGUUGAUUCAGCACAUUGAUCUCGAUGUCAUUCGACUGACGAAACUCCUCACGGAGACACUGCUGAAGUUCCGACUGCUGAAGAAGUCCGCCCACCUGAUUCUGCUGAACUCCCUGGAGAAGGCGAUGUGGACGUGGAUUGAAUUCCAUCCGCAUGAGUUUGCCGAUCUGCAGCGCACACCAAAUGACGAGUUGUCCAAGUGUUGUGAGCAACUCUUUGACAUUCUCGAUCUCUAUGCGGAGAACAAGAAGAGUCGCUCAGCUGUCUGGCCACUCCAAAUCCUCCUGCUGAUUCUCUGCCCGAAAGUCCUGGAGGAGAUUGUCAAUGCGGACUCUGGAGCGCCAUGUUCGCAGUGUCAUCUGAAGAAGAGGCACUUUGUGGAGGGAAUUAAGAAGGGUUUGGGCUCUCAUGCAUCGUCCAAGCAAUUGACAGAAUCCGCCGCGAUUGCGUGUGUGAAGCUCUGCAAGGCGUCAACUUACAUCAACAUCGCCGAUUCCAACAAUGUCACCUUUCAGCUCGUGCAGAAUGUCAUCAAUGAUCUCAAGGCGCUUCUCUUCAAUCCCUCCAAGCCCUUCUCACGCGGCCAAGGAUACAACUUCCAGGACAUUGAUCUCAUGAUUGACUGCUGGGUGUCGUGCUUCCGCAUCAAGCCGCACAACAAUGAGGCUUUGAAGGUUUGUCUCAGCCUCUCAUCGCCGCCAGCAUAUCACUUUGUCAUCGUCAGUUCGCUUCUCAAGUAAGGCGUGAUGGGAAUUUGUGGACAGAACUGAAAUGUUGACUAAUUUAUGUCCCCCUUUAGGAUUGUCACUCAGCCAAGACUGCCAUGGUGGCCACAAAUUGACUUAGUCUACGCCAGAUCUGCAGAACUGAGAGCUCUCUUCACGGACACACUCAACAAAGCGACACAAGGAUACAUCGCACACACUCCUCUGCGGAUGAUCACGUCACUCACGCUGAAGUCCAAAGACGCACAGAGUCGAUUGACGCGUCCGGAAGAGGGACCAGCGCACAAAGCUCUUCUUCUUCUCAUGGUUCGCCUUAUUCAUGCUGAUCCAAUGCUUCUGCUGAAUAGUCUCGGCAAGGCUGGUCAUGAGGUUCAGAGUUCGACAUUGGAGUUGAUUAAUGGUCUUGUGAGUCUUGUUCAUCAACCAACGAUGCCAGAUGUGGCACAAGAAGCCAUGGAAGCAUUGCUGGCUCUGCAUUCACCGGAUAAGAUUGAAGUGUGGAAUCCCGAGGCGCCAAUUAACACUUUCUGGGAUGUGAGCUCUCAGGUGCUCUUCUCGAUUGGACAGAAGCUCAUCCAGCACCAGAUUGCCAACUAUGGUGAUGUGCUGAAGUGGAUGAGGGAGAUUCUCAUCUGUCGCAACACAUUUCUGCAGCGACACAAGGACUAUGCGAAUGUUGGCAGUCAAAUUGCCAUCUGUCGACAUGCCAAUAUUAAGCUUGAAGUGGUGUUCUUCAUGUAUCUCUGGUCAAUUGAUCUGGACACCAUCAUCACAUCGCUCUCCUGCUUUGGGUUGCUGUGCGAAGAGGCGGAGAUUCGGUCGGGAUCUGAUGAACUCACCGUUCACAUUAUACUGCCAAAUUAUCAACUGUUCCAGGAACUCGCGGUGGCUUCCAGUGCUCUGACGACUGCGGGCACAGAGUCGAAGUUCUGCUUCUUUGAUCCGACACAGGGCAGAGUGGCACUGCAGAAGCACAUCUUCCACUUGCUGAGGAAGAUUGAGCACUGCGCCAAUGGCGUUCUGCCCGCGUGGGAGGAGACUUAUCGCUGCUGGGAGAUGCACAGCAAGGUGCUGCAGACGUAUCCGAAGGGGAAGAUGGAAGAUGGACAGGCGGAGAUGUUCCAUCGAGGCAUGGGAAAGCGCAGAGCGAGUCAUCAGAGCACAGAGCAUGACUUAGAUGAGCAGAUCACUGAGUGGGCCAACAUGACUUGGUUCCUCUUGACUAUCGGUGGUGUUUGUCUGAAGGCACGAAGUGAGAAGGAGAAGGAAAGUACGGAAAUGUCUUGCUUAAACAUUCAAAUGCAGAAGCUCACGAGGGUCAGUAAGUCGACAUCUCAAGUGCAAAGUGCUACUUCGAUGGGAUCUCUGGCACAGUCAAAUUCAUCUCUCUCGAGUUCCACAAGUUCUGGCAGAGGAUCUCUUCAUCCCACAUCAACGGACAAAUCGACAUCGGCUUCAACUGCGGCGGCAGCGGCAGCUGCGGCAGCAGGAGGAAAGGAUGAUCCAGCGCAACAGCAGCAGCAACAGAUAACGGAGAAGAAGAAUGAAUACUUCUGUCCUGUGACACAAUUUAUUGGUCAACUGUUGAGACUUCUUGUGUGCAACAAUGAGAAGUUUGGCCAGCAAAUUCAGAAACACGUGAAGGAAUUGAUUGGUCAGCAAAUGUCUGCUCAACUGUAUCCAAUUCUCUUCGAUCAGAUUCGAUCGAUUGUGGAGAAGUUCUUUGAUCAGCAAGGACAAGUGAUUGUCACGGACAUUAAUACGCAAUUCAUUGAGCACAGCAUCUACAUCAUGAAGAGUAUUCUGGAUGGGAAGCAGGCCAAGGAGCAAAAUGAUCAGCCCUCGACCAAUGAGCAUCUCUGUGUCACCAGCAUCGAAGGCAUGAUGCUGGGAAUUGUGCGCUAUGUGCGACAUUUGGACAUGACAGUUCAUGCGAUUCACAUCAAGACGAAAUUGUGUCAGUUGGUUGAGGUGAUGAUGAAGCGAAGAGACGAUCUGGCCUUUCGGCAGGAGAUGAAGUUCCGCAAUAAGCUCGUGGAGUAUCUGACUGAUUGGGUGAUGGGAACAUCUCAUCAAAUUGCCCCUCCCAGUUCGGGUGAUGUCACGAUAAUCACACGAGAUCUCGAUCAGGCGUGCAUGGAAGCUGUGGCUGCUCUGCUGCGUGGACUUCCGCUGCAGCCAGAAGAGUCUGAUCGUGGUGACUUGAUGGAUGCCAAAAGUGCACUGUUUCUCAAGUACUUCACACUGUUUAUGAAUCUGUUGAGUGACUGUGUGGACACGGCGGAAGCUGACAAGGAUCCAACAAAUCCACCACUUCCGCCACGACCACGAAUGGCGGCGGGAAAGUUGAGAACUCUCCGAAAUGCCACAAUUCAGGCCAUGUCAAAUCUCCUGAGUGCCAACAUUGACUCUGGACUGAUGCACUCCAUUGACUUGGGAUACAAUCCGGAUCUUCAGACGCGUGCCGCCUUCAUGGAGGUGUUGACGCAAAUUCUGCAGCAGGGAACGGAGUUUGACACUCUGGCUGAAACUGUGCUGGCAGAUCGAUUUGAACAGCUUGUGCAACUCGUCACGAUGAUCAGUGACAAGGGUGAAUUGCCAAUUGCUAUGGCGUUGGCGAAUGUCGUGACGACACUGCAGAUGGAUGAGUUGGCGAGGGUGCUUGUGACACUCUUUGACGCCAAGCAUCUCCUCUCGCCACUGCUCUGGAAUAUGUUCUAUCGCGAAGUGGAAGUGUCUGAUUGCAUGCAGACGCUGUUCAGGGGAAAUUCCCUCGGCAGCAAGAUUAUGGCUUUUUGCUUCAAGAUCUACGGCUCGAGUUAUCUGCAGAGUUUGCUGGAGCCACUGAUUAGACCGCUGCUGGAGGAGCACACGGUGAACUUUGAGGUGGAUCCGGCGCGAUUAGAGACUGGUGAGGAUAUUGAGUUGAAUCGAAGGAAUCUCAUUGCGCUGACACAGAAAGUUUUCGAUGCAAUCAUCGAGUCUGCAGACAGAUUUCCACCACAGCUGCGCUCCAUGUGUCACUGUUUGUAUCAAGUUUUGAGUAAGAGAUUCCCAAAUGUGCUGCAGAACAACAUUGGAGCCGUUGGCACAGUGAUCUUCCUCAGGUUCAUCAAUCCGGCCAUUGUGUCGCCACAGGAGUUGGGAAUUGUUGGCAAACAAGUUCCGUCCACGGUGAAGAGAGGCUUGAUGCUGAUGUCGAAGAUUCUGCAGAAUAUUGCCAAUCAUGUGGAGUUUUCCAAGGAGCAACAUAUGCUGUGCUUCAAUGAUUUCGUACGAGGACACUUUGAGACUGGUCGCAGAUUCUUCAUUCAAAUCGCAUCAGAUUGCGAAACUGUGGAUCAAACGUCACACAGCAUGAGUUUCAUAUCUGAUGCCAAUGUCUUGGCACUGCACAGAUUGCUGUGGACACACCAAGAGCGCAUUGGUGACUAUCUGUCCAGCAGCAGAGAUCACAAGGCUGUUGGACGGAGACCAUUUGACAAGAUGGCAACGCUGUUGGCCUACUUGGGACCGCCGGAACACAAGCCAAUUGACUCUCACUUGCUCUUCUCCUCCUACGCCCGGUGGAGUUCCAUUGACAUGUCCUCGACGAACUUCGAGGAGAUCAUGGUGAAGCAUCAGAUGCACGAGAAGGAGGAAUUCAAGACGCUAAAGUCCAUGAAUAUCUUCUAUCAAGCGGGAACAAAUAAGCACGGUGUGCCGAUUUUCUACUACAUCGCCAGGCGAUACAAGAUUGGCGAGACGAAUGGUGAUCUGCUGAUCUAUCAUGUCAUCCUCACGCUGAAGCCAUUCUGUCAUGCGGCCUUUGAGUUGGUCAUUGACUUUACGCACACGUGUUCGGACAAUCGCUUCCGCACGGAAUUCCUGCAGAAGUGGUUCUAUGUUCUGCCAGAAGUUGCCUAUGAACAUGUGCAGAUGGUUUACAUCUACAAUUGCAAUUCCUGGGUCAGAGAGUACACAAAGUUUCACGAUAGAAUUCUGGCCCCGCUGAAGGGGAAUAAGAAGAUGAUGUUUCUGGAUUCACCACAGAAAUUGGCAGAAUUUAUUGAGGUGGAACAGCAAAAAUUGCCUGGAGCCACACUGUCACUGGAUGAGGAUCUCAAAGUGUUCAACAAUGCACUGAAAUUGAGUCACAAAGACACCAAAGUGGCAAUAAAAGUUGGACCAACAGCACUUCAGAUCACAUCGGCGGAGAAGACAAAAGUUCUGGCACAUUCUGUCCUCCUCAAUGAUGUCUACUAUGCUUCGGAGAUUGAGGAGGUUUGUCUGGUGGAUGACAAUCAAUUCACUCUCUCCAUUGCCAAUGAGAGUGGCCAAUUAAGCUUCAUUCACAAUGAUUGCGAUAAUAUUGUUCAGGCGAUCAUUCACAUUAGGAAUCGCUGGGAACUCAGUCAGCCAGAUUCAGUGACGGUGCAUCAGAAGAUCAGGCCAAAAGAUGUUCCGGGAACUCUUCUCAAUAUGGCAUUGCUGAAUCUGGGCUCUUCGGAUCCCAACCUCCGGACAGCAGCUUACAAUCAAUUGUGCGCAUUAACGGCGACUUUUGACUUGAAGAUCGAGGGUCAAUUGUUGGAAACUCAGGGUCUCUGCAUUCCCUCCAACAACACCAUCUUCAUCAAGUCCGUGAGUGAGAAAUUGGCCAACAAUGAGCCACACUUGACGCUGGAAUUCCUGGAGGAGUGCAUUCAAGGCUUCCAGAGGAGCACAAUUGAGCUGAAGCAUCUGUGUUUGGAGUACAUGACGCCAUGGUUGAAGAAUCUCGUGAGAUUCUGCAAGUCUUCUGAUGAAUCCAAGAAGCAAAAAGUGUCGCAGAUCCUCGAGAAGUUGAUCAAUUUGACGAUAGAACAGAAGGAGAUGUAUCCAUCGAUUCAGGCCAAGAUUUGGGGAUCAAUUGGACAGAUUCCUGAGCUGAUUGACAUGGUGUUGGACAAUUUUAUUCACAAGUCCGUGAGUUCUGGCUUGGGAUCACCUCAAGUGGAGAUCAUGGCGGACACAGCUGUGGCUCUGGCGUCGGCAAAUGUUCAAUUGGUGGCGAAGAAAGUCAUUGGGCGACUCUGUCGGGUAAUGGACAAAACUUGCCACUCACCAACACAAUUCCUCGAGCAGCACGUCAUCUUCGAUGAUAUCGCUAUUUUGGCAAGAUAUCUUCUCAUGCUGUCCUUCAACAAUUGUCUGGAUGUGGCUCGUCAUCUGCCAUAUCUAUUUCACACUGUAACAUUCUUGGUUUGCACUGGUUCACUGUCAAUGCGCGCUUCCACUCAUGGUUUGGUCAUCAACAUCAUUCAUUCCCUGUGUACAUGUACAAAGCCCUCAUUCUCAGAGGAAACCCAGAGAGUGCUCCGAUUGUCCUUGGAUGAAUUCUCCCUGCAGAAAUUCUAUCUUCUGUUCGGUAUUAGCAAGGUGAAAUCUGCCGCUGUGACGGCUUUUCGCUCCAGCUGUCGACAUCCCAAUGAUCGUUGGCUGGGCAAUGAGAGAGUGUCUCAGGCGCCGCCGUCAGACAGAGAGCGUCUGGGUUUGCCAUCACUGGAAGUGAUCACGGAUGCUCUGCUGGAAAUAAUGGAGGCGUGCAUGAGAGAUAUUCCAGAUUGCGAUUGGCUGCAAACAUGGACAUCUUUGGCGAAGAGUUUCGCCUUCUGCUACAAUCCGGCUCUUCAGCCGAGGGCGCUGAUUGUCUAUGGGUGCAUCAGCAAGAGUGUGACGGAUCAGGAUGUGAAGCAAUUGCUGCGGAUACUCGUGAAGGCACUGGAAUCCUUCACUGACAUCACACUCAUUGAGGCUCUUGUGAUGUGUCUCACACGAUUGCAGCCACUCUUGCGUCCCGAAUCGCCCAUUCAUCGUGCUCUCUUCUGGGUGGCUGUGUCUGUUCUGCAGUUGGACGAAAUCACUCUCUAUGGAUCGGGAUUGGCGCUGCUGGAGCAGAAUCUGCACACACUCAAUUCGCAGAAUAUGUUCGACAAGCAGAGUCUGGCGGAAGCUAUGAUGAGCACAAGAGAGCCUCUGGAGUGGCACUUUAAGCAACUGGAUCACGCUGUUGGACUGUCGUUCAAGAGCAACUUCCACUUUGCUCUGGUUGGACAUCUGCUCAAGGGUUUCCGCCAUCCAACGCCCACCACAGUGUCGCGCACAUCACGCGUGUUGACAAUGCUGCUGGGCAUCGUGGCGAAGCCACUGCGCAGGGAUAAGUUCGAGGUGACGCCGGACAGUGUGGCGUACUUGACGGCUCUCGUGGCGGGAUCUGAGGAGGUGCGAUCGCGAUGCCAUGUGAAGCACACACUGUCCAGAUGGCCUAAUGAAGCGAAUCCCAACGAAAUCAGCGACACAACGAACAUAUCCACACAAUCUAUGGGAAUGCCACUAUCGCGCCGCCAGAAGUCCUGGGAUAUCCUUGAUCAAUCUGCCAUUUCCUAUGCACGUCAGCACAAAAUUCAACCACAUCAGAAUGCUAGAGUGUUGUUUAAAACGCAGAGAUCCUUUUCUGUGCCGACAACUAAAGAUGCAAAUAGUUCGGCAGGAAUUGAUGAACAUCAGGAGCGCGGAUCGCGAUCUUCCGUGUCGAAUGAAUCAAAUGUCCUCCUGGAUCCAGAAGUUCUUCCCGAUCUCUCAACUCAGGCACUCGUGCUCACCGUUUUGGCCACGCUCGUCAAGUAUUCCACCGAUGAGGCCGAAACGAGGGUGCUUUAUCAGUAUUUGGCGGAGGGAUCAGUUGUCUUUCCCAAAGUCUUUCCAGUCAUACAUUCUCUCCUCGAUCACAAGAUCAACAGCGUCCUGUCGGGCUCUAGUGAUCAGGUGGUGUUGAUGGCUGUCCAGAGCAUUAUCCAAAACAUGCUGGCCACUGAGGAUCCAUCACAGCAGCAGCUUCACUUCCUCCAGAGCUGUGGCUUUGGCGGUUUGUGGCGCUUCGCAGGACCUUUUACCAAAUACACAAUGAUGGGAGAGUCUUCGGAGCUGUUUGUCAACUGCUUGGAGGCCAUGGUGGAGACUUGUCUGCCCGUCGAGGAGACCACGCCGACCAUCCCACCGCCUCGUCCAUACAAUCUCAGCUCAAGUUUGAGCAGCUUGACUCUGGGAUCGCCCACGGACAAGGCCUUCAAUCUCAAGGCUUUCUCCUCGGAAUCCCUGGACAAUGAUGGCUUUGCGGGCAGCGUGAGUUCCCUCAGGAGAGCGUCUUGCAGCAAAGCGCGCUCGGCAAAGCAUCGACUGGCCGAAAGUCCGCCACAUGGAUUGGGCUAGAGAUCGUAGAGAUGUUUCUUGUUUUACUUACCGCGUAUGUGGAGACGAUUGAUGUGAUAAAUGGAUUUGAAUGUGGAAGGGAAUUGAACGUCCUAAGAAAAUCAGGGAGAAGAGAAGGAUACUGUUUUGACUUUAUUAUUUUUAGAGAGAGAGAGAAUAUCACUUACAAGUUCUGUUUCUAUAAUCUCUAUUGAUAGAAAAA